GAUGAAUCAGGCCUCACUCUACCAGAACGCCAACCAGGUGCAGCGUCACGAUGCGAAGCUGAUCCUUGAGGAGUUCGCCUCGACGCUUCAAUGGCGAUCGGAUGGAGAGGAUGCGCUCCUGGAUGUGGGCUCUGGAUCGGGUAAUGUGCUGAUGGACUUUGUGAAGCCACUGAUGCCGCAAGGUGCCCAGUUGGUGGGCACUGAUAUCUCCAGCCAAAUGGUGGGCUUCGCCAGUAAGCAUUACCAGACGGAGGAGCGAACACAGUUCCGAGUGCUGGACAUUGGCUGCAAACGACUGCCGCAGGAGUUGAGUGGAAGAUUCGAUCAUGUCACCUCGUUCUACUGCCUCCACUGGGUGCAGAACCUGCGUGGAGCCUUAGGCAACAUCUACGAUCUCUUGAGACCGGAAGGUGGUGAUUGCCUGCUUGUGUUCCUCGCCUCCAAUCCCGUGUAUGAGGUGUACAAAAUCCUUCAGUUGAAUGAGAAGUGGUCGGGCUACAUGCAGGAUGUCGAGCAAUUCAUCUCCCCACUGCACUACAGUUCCAAUCCUGGUGAGGAGUUCAGUCAGCUGCUCAACGAAGUGGGUUUCAUACAGCAUAAUGUGGAGAUUCGUAGCGAGGUUUUUGUCUACGAGGGUGUCAGGACCCUGAAAGAUAAUGUCAAAGCAAUUUGUCCUUUCCUGGAACGUAUGCCAGCGGCUCUGCAUGAAGAUUUCCUGGAUGAUUUUAUACAGAUUGUAAUUUCCAUGAAUCUCCAGCAGGGCGAUCAGCAUAAGGACCAGGAUCAGAAGUUUAUAUCCCCAUAUAAGCUUGUUGUUGCCUACGCUCGCAAGUCACCAGAUAUUGUGAACAAUGUUAUGAUUGAGACUCCACAUCAGAAGCUCCUCAAGGGUCUGAAUUAGAGAGUGUGUGUGCUUUUAAGUAAAAUAUCUUGUACCUCAGCUCGAUUGUAGUGUCGAAGUGCUAGUUUAAGUGUGAAGUAACGUUAUGUUGCCACUAAAACAGAAUCUAUUAAUGCCAAAUAAUAAUAUGUACCUAAUAUAAUUAAGAUUUUGUUGUAAUAAAAUUCCUAAAAAC